GUUUCCUAUAUUAUUCGUCGUGUUAUUUGUCGUUUCAAUUUUAAUAUUUGUACUAUUCGAUUUUUUGGAAUUUAUUUUGUCUUUAGGCAUCUUACUUUCUAGAUAUUUGCUACUUUUUCACCAAACGAUUGUAAACGUGUUAUGUACGUGGCUGACAUUUCCGCUUUCCUUUUGUUGCUUGAGCGUCGGUCUGUCUUCUUGUCUUUCAAUGGAGUCUAGUCGUCGCAACACCAACGAUCUGAUGAUAAGAGCUGGAGAGUGGGACACUCAAACGAAGAACGAAAUUCUGCCCCAUGUCGACGUGAAUGUGGGUGAAAGCAUAGUGCACGAGAACUACUAUGCCGGAGGUCUGCACAACGAUAUAGCACUGCUCGUCUUUCAACGGCCUCCAGUUGUCCAAUACAUAAAUACAGUUUGCCUUCCACCCCGCAACACAGUGCCCAACAUUGCUACAUGCACUGCUACAGGCUGGGGCAAGGAUGAGUAUGGCAAAGAGGGGAAGUACCAAGUGAUAAUGAAGAGAAUAGACCUUCCGAUUGUUUCAAGACAUGUAUGCGAGACAAAAUUGAGGCAGACAAGGCUGGGACAAUUUUUCAGACUGCAUGAUAGUUUUGUUUGUGCCGGCGGAGAGCUGGGACGUGAUACUUGUAAGGGCGACGGAGGAGGUCCAUUGGUUUGUCCAAUAGCAGGCACUCUGGAGCGUUACUACCAGACCGGAAUCAUAGCCUGUGGAACCGCCACACCUGGCGUUUAUGUCAACACCGCCCUAUUCAGAAACUGGAUAGACCAGAAGAUGUGACUCUUCAACUUUGACACAUCUUACUACAAUUAUCAGUGAAUGCUUUCAACCAAUGAUUUGAAUUAUUUAAUAGUUGAUGGCAUGGAGAAAAGAUAGCAUAAUUAGAUAUUCCAUGGUGUAGGUCGUUUACGGUCCAAAUUUCAAGCCGUUUUUUGUCUACUGAAGACGAUUACUGUCGACUAUUAGUCCGAUCUCAGUAGGCGUCAAAUAAUCUGCAAAACCGUAGAAACCAGUCCGAAAAAACAAAACAACUAUUACUUAUUGUUGGGAGUGUAGGCUCAACUCACACGACUCAGGUCGAGAAGAGACUCGACUCUAAUCGAGAGCAUGUGUUUCCAAAUGGUGACACUCAGACCUGUCGACUCUAGUCUCCGCGACUGUCACCAUUUGAAAACACAUGCUCUCGACUAGAGUCGAGUCUCUUCUAGACCUGAGUCGAAUAAGUGUGAGUUGAGCCUAAGAGUGUAAGAACGGCACAGUAUGAGCGUCUAUAGUGAGGUCUACGUUAUAAUAGCAGUGAAGAAAGAUUGGAGAGCAACGUUGCCGAUCCUUUGUCUUGUCAAUGCCUUCUAAAGACGGUAGCUAAUACAGGUUUAUUGAUGUAAUAAUUAAGUUCAUUCUCGUUCAAGAUAAUCAAUUUAUUUUUUAUGAAACAAGAAAUUAUACUUUUCAAUAACUUAAAAAUGAAUCUUCAUAAUUAAGAUAAAAUAUUUUGUUAAUUAAUUAUUAAUUCUACAUUGUAAAAGACGAUCUGGCAACAGAGCAAAGCGAGAAAGAGAUAGCGCUUUGUUUAAUGAUAGACAAGGAUAGCAAUACCAUUGCUAAUCAAACACUGCCAUUAUAACGUGGACCUCACUAUACCAGCAUCACAAGAAAAAGAACUACUACGACGUAAACAUUUAACAUAAACGCCCUAUACCAUGAGAUAUCUUCUUAUGCUAUCUUCUCUCUAUGCUAAUGGUCUGAGAAUAAUUAAUUGUAUUUUUAGAGUAGUGGAGCAAAACGUGGCAUGACUGGGAGCAGGGGAAUAGCUUUGUUAAAAGUCUAAAGCAUCUAGAUUUAAAAAUUUACUUUUCCUAGUUACCUUGAAAAGUGACCAUUCCUGCACUGAUUACAGAACACAAAGAAUCACUUUUCCGCUCUAGUGCGCAAAGUGUCACUUUGCGUACUCCAGAUUUGCAACAUGACAACACAAAAUAGUUGGUGGGUUCUAUGGAGGAUUAGUGCAAAACAAAAAUUAAGUUGGUAACAAUGACUGUGGUUAGAUUUAGAUAAGAAUCAUUUCAAUGGCUACCCUACAUUUAUGAUAAAAUCCCAAUCUAGAAAUCCAAAACCAGAAUAAUGUUCAUCUAAGUCAUAAUUAAAUAAUCAUCAUUUAAUAAUAAAUAAUAGUUCUUUUCUAUUGAUAAUUAUUAUUUCAACUGCAAGCAAUGAGAAAGUAGCAAAUAUACAUUAUAAAAUUCGAAUUUUGAGGUUAAAUGAUUACCGUUCGAUAUCCAUAUAGAUAAAAAUAAUAAAAAACAUAAGAAUACUACAAUAAAAAAUAUUCUCUGUUGUAUAUGUUAUUUUUAUAAAUAUUUUUCA